AUGACGCAGACCGCAGCCAACGGCGUCUGCAAAAUUGGCGCCAUCACCAACGGCCAUUUCCCUUUGAUCAAGCCGUACAUCAACGGGGGUUCCCGACCCGAAGAAAUUUCAAGGAACACAAUAACAAAUACUGAAAAAGCGGAUUCAAAUCAAGAGUGGCAUGUUUUGACUAAACGUCUCUCCAAAGAACUAUACUCCGAAAACAUCACCGCGAAUGUCUUGCGCGAUCCUCCUGAAUCAUACCCAGAGCUCGUUCCUCAGUCGGGCGAGAAAGAGGGUGAAUAUCGCUGUCGACCCAUCGAUUUCUGGACCUGUGGGUUCUUUCCUGGCAGCAUCUACGCGCUUCUUGAACGGGCUACAAAGCAUCCCAAGAGCAUGCACCAUGCAGACAACAGACUGUUGCUCUCCCAAGUCCGCGAUACGCUGGGUCUACUAGGCGUGAAAUGGUCGGAGCCCCUUCACCGCAUGGCGCACAGGACAGAUACUCAUGAUUUGGGCUUCAUGAUCAUGCCACACAUGCGGGCUCGCUGGGAGCUCUUUCACGAUCAGAAAGCACUCGACAGCAUCCGCACUGCCGCUGUUAGCCUCUACUCGCGGUUUGACGCUCGUGUAGGCGCUAUCCGUUCCUGGGAUCACCUCACCUGGCAGCGAGGUGUUGAUAUCCGUGACAAACAAGAGAAUUUCCUCGUCAUCAUCGACUCCUUGUGCAACCUCGAUCUUCUCUUCUACGCAGCUGAACACACGGGUUACGAGUUUUUGUCUGCGGCAGCCGUCAUUCACGCCAAAAAACUGAUCAAGUCUCACCUUCGAAAAGAAUCCGUCACGAGGAAUUCAUACAAUGGGGAUCUUUACAGCACCUGCCAUGUCGCGAACUUUCAGCCCUCAACGGGGGAGGUGAAAGAGAUCCGAACAGCUCAAGGGUAUGCUCCUGACUCCACGUGGUCUCGUGGUCAGGCAUGGGCUAUCCUGGGCUAUGCUCAGACAUACAAUUGGACUGGAGAUGAAGUUUUCCUCGAAGCUGCCUGUGGGCUUGCAGAGUACUUCCUGUUGCGGCUGGAGAAUGCGCCAGCUUGCGUUGAGAUUGACCUAGCAAGCGGCGCGAACGAUGAAGCCAAGGCUGGAAGAUAUGUGCCUUUAUGGGACUUUGAUGCGCCUAUCGAAGACCCGUCCUCUCCUUUACGGGAUGUUUCAGCUGGAGUGGUAGCUGCGAAUGGCCUUCUCUUACUUUCGCAAACACUGACUUCACUUGGGCGUCAUGACCAAGCCAAAGACUAUAUGAAAAACGCAUUGAGAAUUGUCGAUGAUACCAUACGUCUGACGUUAUCAAAAGAGCGAGUACGUCUCGAAUCUGUGCCCAAUGGCCUUGCCUCCGCAGCUGCAUGCGAACCUAAUCAAAAAGUCUUUGAAGCCAUACUUAGGAGUUCCACGGUGACUUGGAAUGACCAGAGUCGGAGUGCUAGCGCAGACCACGGUCUUGUAUAUGCUGAUUACUAUCUUAUUGAAUUUGGUAAUAAACUGCUGCAGCUUGGCUAUGCUAGUCUCUGA